AUGGUCUUCAGCCACAAGGGUUUAGUGAGCACCUACUACAAGAAACUAACGAUCCAGGCUGCCACUGAUUCUGGCAUCAACACCAAACAGGGUCCCGCCGGAGGGACGAGCUGGCCAGAUGAUGGCCCAGGGUACAGUGAGCCAGUGGCCCCAGAGCAGCCCACCUAUGCCGUGUGUGUGCUGGGCACCGAGACGCAGCUGGAUGUCUACGGCUCUGCCCCCAAGGACUGCACAUCCCUUAGCAUCAAUGCUUCCCCAGGAGUGGUCGUAGAUGUUGCCCACCACCCUCCAGCCAAGAAGAAUCUCACAGGUUCCUCCAAGUGGCCCCUGGACCCUGGGCUGGAGGUGAGCCUGAAGAUGAGAGCUGCCAGCGAUAGCACAGGUGACCGGAAGGUUCAGAUUUCAUACUAUGGACCCGAGACCACUCCAGUUGAAGUCCUGCUCUACAUCCCUGGGGUCGAAAUCUCCUUGAGCGCGGACUUCACUCGCACUGGCAAAAUGAAGUCCACCGGAGGCAGGAAGGACCAGAGGACCUGGACCUGGGGCCCUCAUGGGCAGGGCGCCAUCCUGCUAGUGAACUGUGACAGAGACAAUCCCAAAUCUUCCACUGUGGACUGCAAGGAUGACCAGCUUGACAGCCAAGACCUGAAGGACAUGUCCUUGGUGACCCAGACGAAGACCCCCAGGGACUUCAGCAAGCACCAGCUGGUGCUCCAUGUGGCCAAGUCUGAGAUGGAUAAAGUCAGGUGUUUCGAGCCAAUGGUGAACAGACAGCCCUCCAGGUACGGCAUGAUCCUGGGGCCACGGCACCCCUCUCACCCCCUGGAGCCCCAGGGUGGCCAUCACAGCACAGACUUCUAUGUGGAGGGCCUGGCUUCCCCAGACGCCAGCUUCCCAGGGCUCGUUUCCCUCAAUGUCUCCCUGCUGUUAUUUGCAAAUGAGGAUUUCCUGAAGUCAGUGGCUGCUCUGGCCAAGAAAGCCAGGUGCAGGCUGAGGGUCUGUGCCAAGGAGGAGAGCACGAAUGACCGGUGGAUGCAGGAUGAGAUGGAGAUCGGCUGCAUCCAAGCCCCACACAAAACGCUGCCCGUGGUCUUUGCCUCCCCAAGGAACAGAGGCCUGAAGGAUUUCCCCAUCAAAUGCAUGCUGGAGCAGCAGGAUGAAUUUGCCAGCUGUGCUGAGACUUUGGCCCUUCUCGCUGAUUUCAGUCCUAUUGUGUUCCGUGGCCAUGUCUCCAAGAGUCUCAGCUUCAAUGCCCUCCUUAGUGAGGCCAUCCUGGUACUGAAGGACACAUCCAUGCCCCUGGCAUUCUCCACUGUAGCACUCAAGGAAAGCCAGGAGACGCACCAGGACCUGCAGGAUUUCCUCAGUGCCCAGCAGGUGCAGGCCCCUGUGAAACUCUACUCCGACUGGCUGUCUGUGGGCCACGUGGAUGAGUUCCUGAACUUCGGUCCAGUGCACAAGAAGGGCUUCUGGCUGCUCCUGGCCAGCCCCAGGUCCUGCUACAAACUGUUCCAGGAGCGAAUGAAGGAAGGCCAUGGGGAGGCUCUGCUGUUCCAAGGGGUCAAGAACAAAACCCAGCAGAAAAUAAAGGACAUUCUGUCAAACGAGAAACUGAGAGAACAUAAUUCAUAUGUGGAGAAAUGCAUCGACUGGAAGGAGCUGGGCGUGAAGGAAGGGGACAUCGUGGACAUCCCCCAGCUCUUCAAGCUCCAGAAAGGCUUCAAAGGGACCCUCAAGGUGGAAGCCUUUUUCCCAAACAUGGUGAACAUGCUGGUGCUGGGGAAGCACCUGGGCACCCCCAAGCCCUUCGGGCCCAUCAUCAACGGCCGCUGUUGCCUGGAGGAGAAGGUGCGGUCCCUGCUGGAGCCUCUGGGCCUCCACUGCACCUUCAUCGAUGACUUCUACACCUACCACGUUCAGCAGGGGAAUGUGCACUGCGGCACCAACGUGCGCCGGCAGCCCUUCUCCUUCAAGUGGUGGUGCAUGGUGCCCUGA